GCCCGAAGCUGCGCUGGCGCCUGCCGACCAAGUCGGCGAUGGCUCCUUUCCCAGCAGAGGCUAUCGACGCCCUUCAGCGGCGGGGGGCGCCGCCCUCAGCUGUCUCCUGCAGCCGCAUCCCGCGGGCCCUCAAGCGCCAGUGGUGCGAGGUCGUGGCCGAGGACGCCGGGGCGACGCCGCCUCGAGCCGCCUCGCCCGCCGCCAGGGCCUCGCCUGCCCCCCCCGGCCGCGAG